GCAAGACGUGCGGACCAAGUUCGACGUGAAGGAGAUCCCAUGUCGUUGAGUGCGUUCGUGGCUGGAGUGGCGCUCGGCGGUCUGCGCUACGGCGCCGUCAAGUACCAGCUGCUGGAGCAGGAGGGCGUCGUGCUCUACUCGGUGAACCAGGUCAAGGAGAGCUUCCGCGGCGAGACCCACCUGAAGACGCGCAGCGAGGAGCGAUACGAGCCGCUGCCGAGCCGAGAGCACGAGUACUACACGGUCGUGCGCGAGGGCUGGAACUCCAAGGUGCUGGCGUUCCGCAACAAGGCGUACGAGUUCUUCGAGGCCAAGUAAAGAGCGGCCUGCUCAGCCCCUUGUUGCAGCCACCGUAGAGUGUCGUGAGAAAGCUCAAGAAACAAGAGAUUUUAACAUGCAGGCCGUGUAGUUCGCACUGCCACCGAGGACCUG